AUGUUUAAGGCUGCGAACGUUGGUAUUGGAAUAUCCGGUGAGGAAGGCUUGCAAGCAGCAUCGGCUAGUGAUUAUGCUAUUGCUCAGUUUCAUUUUUUACGCCGUCUUUUGCUUGUACACGGGGCGUGGAACUACGAACGUGGCGUCAAAGACUUCGGUUUCCUGGUGCAGUUAGGUUCGUGA